ACGUUCGCACGGGAGGCCCGGUUGGUGUGGUGCUCGGUCACUGACUGGUUUCCUCCUGCAAUCGGCGAACCCAAAUUGGGAGCGUACUUCGUUUGCGCAAAGGCAAUGGCUCCUACUAGCAGAACCUACUACGCCUUUCGCACGAUUCGGCGAUGCGUGGAGUGGAUUGCCGAACAGGAAUCAGCCAUAGAUCAGCGCCAGGAGAUCUGUCAUACUCUCUCUCGGUCAGCAAUCUUGCAUGGCGGUCGGCCAUUGCGAGCCGCUGUCCGUUUGAACCCUUACACAGACUACCAAAGCCGAGAAGGACUCCGCCAAACUGAUCAGGCACCGGAACACCUUCUGGCCGCCGCAGCGCGUGUCGGUUCCACCUCACUUGUGCAGAGACUGUUGGACCAGGGUGCUGAUGUCAACGGAGAGAGUGACCUCUUUGGAACGCCGUUGGUGAACGCCGCUCGGGGCGGGCAUUUGCUCUUGGUCCGUCUUCUACUUGAAAAGGGCGCAGAUAGCGAUUGUGCAUCUCUGGAGUUGACAGAACAGGAGAUUGGGGAUGAGUUAUUCCUCGACGACUUCCCCGGUAGACUUAAUAGUAUGUCUCCAAUUAAAGAAGAGCGAGCUCCGUUCAGCCCACUCAGUGCAGCGGCAUUUGCAGGCCACAUGGAAAUUGUGCAGUUGCUUCUUUCGCCGCAAUUGCGCCUUUCUCGGUCGUCAUGCUACUUUUUUCAGGCCCUAUCCCUUGCUGCCGAGGGUGGUCAUUCGAGCAUCCUACAAAUACUCCUGGCCUCGGCCGACCUUGACGCCGUAGAUCAUCGACUGUCCCGGCAGGUCAAGAUUGACGCUUUAAAGCGCGCUGCCAGUGAAGGUCAGGUCGAUUGCAUGGAACUGCUGCUAGACGCGGGAGCUCCCAUCACGCGAAUGACCUUCAGCACCCUCACCGAGUCUACCCUAACCUGUGCUGCAACGAGAGGCCAAAACGGAGCGAUCAAGCUUCUCCUGGACCGGGGUGCACACGUUGAUGAGAUGGGUACGCACCGAGACACUCCCCUUUCGCGGGCAGUAGAGCUAGGGUUUCCGCGUACCGUAGCCCUUCUUCUCUCUCAUGGGGUGGACCCAAAUGUCCACGCGGUAGAGGCUUUCUGCAGGUGUGAUAUCUGGUGCUGUAUGAAGGCACUGCUUGACGGGGGGUUUCAUAAAGUUUGCCCAUGGGCAUCGAAAACAGCUCUUUCGCGUACCGAGCAGGAGGGCGCUGAGGAUCUUGUGGCUUUAUUGCAGGAGUAUGGGGUUACUACUGAUGGUCUUGAAGGCUUGAAACCACCGUGACCUUACCACGUUGGCACGUUGUAUUUACUGCUAAAUUCGUACAUUAUUACCGUUCUUGGCUGUGCAGACAGGAUUAGUCAGCG